CCCUCCGCGGCCCCGUAGUGACGAGAUUGUUGUGGUGUUGCAGAAAUCCGGGCUUGGAAUCGUGGACGUCUGUGCCGCUCGGCUGCCCGGGACCUUUGGUGCAGCUUCUGGGGGCGGCGGCGAGUCCACGCGGCUUAGCCCUUGCUGGAGCUCGUCGCACGGGUAACGAGGAGCGGUCGAUGGGGGAGCCUCAGCUCUCUCGGACUCGAUGUGGGAGCCGGAUGCUUCUUCCCCCUUGAGAAACCGGGCAGGGGUCACGUAUUAACCCCGAGAGCGGACUGGGUGCCCCGCGGCGUGGAGGAGGCCGAGUCAGGCCGCCGGGCGGUAGGAUCGCACCCUGGGGGGCUCCGUUCUUACCCCCCCACAUCCCCUUCUGCUCCAGGAGCUGCUCCCACAUAAUUUCUGCCCAGCCAUGUCGCCGGUUUCAGCUGCAGCCCGGGUUCCUGCCUUGGUCUCCCUGUUUGACCUCAACGUGGAUGCUCCGGUCUGUCAGGGCCUGAGCUUGGUGAGCCACCCAUCGGAGGCGGCUCCGGCCCAGGCUCUGCGGACUUCCUGUCCAGGUUCAGCAAGCCCAGAAAGAAAACUACCCCAGGGUCUCCUGGAUAUUUCAGAGAAGUUAUUUUGUUCCACUUGUGACCAGACCUUCCAGAACCACCAGGAACAGAGGGAACAUUAUAAACUUGACUGGCAUCGGUUUAACCUAAAGCAGCGUCUCAAGGACAAGCCUCUCCUGUCUGCCCUGGAUUUUGAAAAGCAGAGCUCCACAGGAGAUCUUUCCAGCAUUUCAGGAUCAGAAGACUCAGACUCAGCCAGUGAGGAGGACUUGCAGAUACCAGAAGAGGAGAGGGCUGAAUUUGAGAAGCCCAGCAGACCCCAAGGCUUCCACCCACAUCGGGUUCUUUUCCAAAACGCCCAGGGCCAGUUUCUUUAUGCCUAUCGCUGUGUGCUAGGCCCUCGCCAGGUACCACCAGAAGAACCAGAACUGCUGCUACAGAACCUGCAGAACGGAGGUCCCAGAUCCUAUGUGGUGCUCAUGGCUGCAGCUGGGCACUUUGCUGGCGCCAUUUUCCAAGGAAGAGACGUGGUGACACACAAAACCUUUCACCGCUACACAGUGCGGGCCAAGCGGGGCACAGCCCAGGGAAUUCGCGAUGCCCGGGGUGGGGCUUCUCGGUCUGCCGGAGCCAACCUGAGGCGCUAUAAUGAAGCCACAUUAUACAAGGAUGUUCGUGACUUGCUGGCAGGGCCAGGCUGGGCUAAAGCACUGGAGGAGGCUGGGACAAUACUGCUGCGUGCCCCCCACUCUGGCCGGGCCCUGUUCUUCAGAGGCCAUGGUGCACCCCUGCAACGAGGGGACCCCCGACUUUGGGAUAUCCCCCUUGCUACCCGCAGACCUACCUUCAGAGAGCUACAGCGUGUGUUCCAUAAGCUGACCACCUUGCAUGUCCAUGGAGAAGACCCCCGGGAGACAGCCAGGUUGGACUCACCUCAAGCACAUAGGAAGACAAUGAGAGUGGGGAAGAAGGCUCUCGAGGCAGAAAGAAAGGUCUCCAGUGAUGAAAAUGAGACACUUGGGCAGAAUGAGGAAUCUCCCAAACAGGGUUCAGGGUCGGAGGGAGAGGACAGCUUCCAGGUGGAGCUGGAGCUAGUAGAAUUGACAGUAGGGACCCUGGAUCUUCGUGAGUUUGAGGUAUUGCCAAAGCGGAGAAGGAGAAAAAGGAAUAAGAAGGAGAGAAGCCAGGACCUGGAAGCCGGGGUGCAUGUGACUCUUCCCCAGCAACCUCAAGGAAAUGAGGCCUUCUCACAGUCCGCCCAGGCACAUGCAGCCCCUUUGGGGCCUUCCCUGGAUGAGGCCAAGACCCCUGAUCAGUCAGAGCUCUGGGACAUGCUUCUGGCUGCUUGCAGAGCUGGAGAUGUUGGGAUAUUGAAACUCCAGCUAGCUGCUGGCCCCACAGACCCUGGAGUUCUGUCUCUGCUCAGUGCCCCCUUGGGCUCCAAUGGCUUCACCCUCCUGCAUGCAGCAGCUGCAGCUGGGAGAGGCUCAGUGGUUCGCCUGCUGCUGGAGGCAGGUGCCGACCCCACUGUACAGGACUCCCGGGCCCGGCCACCAUAUACAGUUGCAGCUGACAAGUCAACGCGUAAUGAGUUCCGAAGGUUCAUGGAGAAGAAUCCAGAUGCUUACGAUUACAGCAAGGCUCAGGUGCCAGGGCCACUGACGCCAGAAAUGGAGGCACGGCAGGCUAUGCGGAAAAGGGAGCAGAAGGCUGCCCGGCGGCAAAGGGAGGAACAGCAGCGGAAGCAGCGGGAGCAGGAGGAGAGGGAGCAAGAAGAGCAGCGGCAAUUUGCUGCCCUCAGCGAUCGUGAGAAGAGAGCUCUGGCCGCAGAGCGCAGGCUGGCUGCCCAGCUGGGAGUCUCCACCCCGCAGACGCCCAAUCCUGCAACCCUUUGUGCUCAGCGCUGCUGGAGUUGUGGGACAUCCCUCCAAGGCCUCAUUCCCUUUCACUAUCUUGACUUCUCUUUCUGCUCCACACGCUGCCUCCGGGAUCACCGCUGCCAGGCUGCCAAGCCCUCUUCCUGACCUCUUUACAGCUGCACCUGGGCCAACUCUGGGCCCUGAGAGGGUGCAUUCACAGUAGCCCUAGGUUUCUUCUUUCCCGUGAAACCGGAGUAUUUGGAAGAUUAAGAAGGACACUCAGGAACCAGGGCAAAGACAGGGCCACAGAGGGUGUGGAGCUGGUACUGUCUCUGGAACUUUAAUCGUAAUAAAGUUUGGCAAGGAAACUGCA